AUGACUGCUGCGUGGAAAGCCGCCGGUUUGACCUACAACCGCUUCCUGGCCGUUUCGGCCCGCGCCAUUCGACGAAGCCUCAAGGAGGACAAGCGAAUUGUCGCUGAGCGCCGUGCUACUUCCGAGCUGCGAUUUGCUACCUGGAAGAACGGCAAGGCCGGCGAGACCCGAGACCUUAACGCUGCGAACAAUGCUGCCAUUGCCGAGAACGCCUCUUCUUAA